UGCGGGACGUCGUCAUCGUCGCAUAUUCUUUGUCCGUGUGCGAAGAAACAAGUUCGUUUUCCAUUUUCCCAUUGAACUACAGGUCGGUGCAGAAAAGUGGCGACUUUUCCUGCGUCGCGAGUGCAUUCGCAAAAGGUGUGUGAAAGAAUUUUCCAGGUGAAAAUCUUCUCCGUUGGAUGUGGUUUUCAGGUUUGGUAAGGCAAUCAACAGUGGAAGCUUAGUGGCAAUUGGAGCACCAGUAUAAUCAAAAGCAUUGUGAGGUAGGAGCCGGAGAUUAAGAAGAAGAAGAAGCAAAGUGAAAGUGUGUUGCACGGAUCUCGUUUCUAAGGAGCAAUUGAUGGAGAAGUGUGUUCUAAAUGUAACAAGUGAGGAAAAGGUGGUUAUUCUCUACUGCAUUGUGUGAAACUAUCCCAAAAAGGAGAAGGAAGCUUAUAAUAGUCAAUUCGUGGUCUUGGGAUAGUGGAAGUGAAAUAAGGGUGAAGAACCUGUUACUUUGGGAAGUUGUUGCACUGCAUCUGGCUCGCUUAACGGUGGCAAAGAUCUACAGCAGCGCAGCAGCAUGAGCAGCACGGAACAUCCACCGGUGAUGGCUCCGGCGGAUCUGAUCAAUGGAAGUACCGUCAGUCCGAAGAUUAUCAUUCACCCAACGGAGGCCGCAGCACUAGGCAUCGACCCACUGAUUAGUCACGUUGGUGACGGUAUAUUUCUGCAAACAAAAACCGCUCAAGGUCUAGCGGGGAUCUUCGUGUGGAUUGCAUUGUUCAUCACAUGUCAACAGAUCUACCAGCACCUACGAUGGUACACCAAUCCCCAGGAGCAGCGAUGGAUAGUCCGGAUAUUGUUCAUCGUGCCCAUCUACGCCACCUACUCGUGGAUUAGUUUGCUAUUUUUCAACUCCGAAAGCGUCUACGUGUACUUUUUCACCGUGCGAGACUGCUACGAAGCGUUCGUAAUCUACAAUUUCCUGUCCCUGUGCUACGAAUACCUCGGCGGUGAGGGCAACAUCAUGUCCGAAAUCCGCGGCAAGCCCAUCAAAUCGUCCUGCCUUUACGGAACGUGCUGUCUCGGCGGCAAGACGUACACAAUCGGCUUUCUCCGGUUCUGCAAGCAGGCCACUCUGCAGUUCUGUCUGGUCAAACCGCUGAUGGCGUUCAUCAUCAUCUUUCUGCAGGCCUUCGGACACUACCACGACGGUGAUUGGAGCGCCGAUGGUGGCUACAUCUACAUCACCGUCAUCUACAACAUUUCGGUCUCGUUGGCCCUGUACGGACUGUACCUGUUCUAUUUUGCGACGCGGGACUUGCUGACGCCGUUCGAUCCAGUGCUCAAGUUCUGCACUGUAAAAUCUGUGAUUUUCCUCUCCUUCUGGCAGGGUGUCGGUCUGGCCAUCCUGGAAAAGGCUGAAGUAAUCUCACCCAUCGUGGACGCCGGUGGCUCGACCACGUCGGCUGGUACCGUGUCCGCCGGUUAUCAGAACUUCUUCAUAUGCAUUGAAAUGCUGUUUGCGGCGAUUGCCCUGCGGUAUGCGUUCCCGUAUCAGGUGUACGCCCAAAGCUGUAUGACUGACGCUCACGGUAGAUCCGUGACAAUGCAAUCAAUCUCCAGCAGCCUGAAGGAAACGAUGAACCCGAAGGAUAUUAUGACGGACGCGAUACACAACUUCCACCCGCAGUACCAGCAGUACACGCAGUACAGUUCAGGUGGUAAGAACUCCCGCGGCAUUCGGGUGUCAUCGUACGAUCCGGACGAUCCGAGUCAUCAGCUAACGCAGGGUGGAACCGGCGGGUCGGGUGGAACCAAUCACGGAAGCGGAAGCAGAGGCAGCGGCUACAGCACCGGUCAAAGUAACUACAUUGCCCCACCGACGCUCGGUAGCCAGCGGAAGUUUAUGCCCGGUGGUGGAGCCUCCCAGAAGGUGGCCACCAUUAGUCAGAAUUAUAACGAGAAAACGAUGCUGCUAAGUAGCGACGAUGAGUACCAGUAAGAUAAGUUUCUUAGGCGAGUGUUCCGUUUCCUUUUUCAUUCCUUUGCGGGGUCGGUAGAGGUUUCGUUCAUCUCUUUCAAAACAUGUUGAAACGUACCUUUCUUUGUGUAAAUGUUGCAGUUUUCAACAACUGAGAUUAGAAACGCUUUUAUUCGGAUGGACUUACGCCUACGUGGGUGUUUAGGGUAGGGGACAAAUUAAACUACAUACAUCUAAAAAACACAGAUAACGAUGCAAAAUUGACAAUGGACAGGCAGAGUAGUUAUUUAUAUGAAAUUAUCUUUGACAGCAUGUGUUUAGAUGGUAGUAAGUAAUAAUGACGAUCUUAAGAUACAAAUGCAGGCAAACUUUACUGUAACUAAUAAACACGAGCCGAGCGGUCACAAACAACGUUUCGAGUUGCCGUAUAGCAAAACAUUUAAAUAAAUAUUAAUAUUUUUGUGUAAUGAAAAUUAAACUCUCGGAGUGAAGGCUCCCGUAAAUGCUAUAUAUCAGUGAAACAGAAAAUACAACACAAUGCCGUCACAUUGUUGUAUUAAUAGUGGACACUCUUGAUUAAAGGCUGCAAUUUAUACUGGAACAUGCUUUUUUUUAUUAUUUGAAAACAAUAAAGAAUGCUAAAUAUUGCAAAAAAGUACAAUAUUCCUGCCAUUUUAAAGAUACAAAACAGAAAAGACGGCAUUACAUGAACAUCUACACACUGAAAAUAAGUACACAAAUAAAACUGUUUGAGUUGAUAGUGCUUGUAUUAAAGCAAAUUAUGCGACAUGUCUGCUAUUUCACCUAUACUUUUAUGUUCUUAAGUGUGGCCGACCCAAGUUAACCAACAACUGCGAGCAACAUAGUUGGCUAAAUAAACUAAAGGAAUUAGCUGUUUUGAAAAAUUACUUUCGCUUAUAAUUUGUAACUGUAAUACCGGAAAUCUUUUGUUUAAACAAAGAGAAGAAAAUCGCAGUUGUUGCGUCAACAAGAUACUGUAACCAAAGUACAUAGGUGCGGAAGCUUCCGUUAAUGAUGAUACUUUUUUCAACGAUCUUUUAAAUCCACUAAUUAUUUAUCUAGAUAUAUAAAUAGAUGACCCAAGUCGAACCCAUGUGUAUUACAGCAGAGAGCAAAUCACUUAUACAUAUAUGAAGUCUUGCUAAACAAGAAAAAAUACAAAUUAAGAGGCAAACCAUACGCAGAGAAGCAAACUUUGGAAUAAUUUCUAACAGUAGCGUAUAAAAUAUAAGUGAAAAUUAUUUUAAAAA